GCUGUGACCUGCAGGGUGUACCUGCAGGUUGCCCACCCUCUGCUGAUGUCAGCCCCUCACCUUCCGCUGAGACCACCGGCCUGCUGUCUUUACCAUGGGAGAUGGUUACCCACAUUGCCUCGCACCUUCCUGCUCAGUGUGUUAUCACUGUGCUGCCAAAGGUCUGUCAUGCGUUGGGUAAUGUGGGUAAGGACAGCACCGCCUGGCAGCUCCGGGCACGCAGACUAAUAGGAUCCCGAGCUGGCUUUCCAGUCGGGCCGAGGGAGGACUUUGACUGGGCUUCUGCUUGCCUGGAGAUGGAGCAGCUGAUAACCUGCUGGACGGGCCAAGGGCAUCUCGUGGCCAGACAGACCCAAGAGGACGAGGAGGAAAGGGAACAAGUGGGGCGGCAGCAAAGGGCGGGGCAGGAUAGGGAACCAGUUGCAGAAGGACAGGAAGAUGGUAGAGGGGAUGAGGAAGAAGGGGUGGGAGUGGUUGCGCAGGAGGUUGCGUACGGUGUUGACGAAGGAAUGGAGGUGGCAAUGGAAGGUGAGGAUGGUGAAAUGCAGCCCAUCGUAGCCGUGGACCGACUGGAAAGACUGAGAGAGGCGUUGGAAGAGAGACUGGAGGACGAUGCAGCAGCACUAAUGGGAGAAGAACGGGACCACAGGAUGGCUUUUGAUGCUGAUGAAGGGGCGCUGGCAGACCCCAGGAAUCUGGGUAAUGGCAGACAGGGAGAGAUCGAGCAACAUCAAACCCCCAGAAGUCCAAGCCCACCCCCAGCACUGGAGUGCAUCAGCCUACCUUCAGGCCACAUCGCCCAGGUCAACUCAGUCCUCCUCGUGGGGGGAGAGGGGGCCGUUUGUGCCACAGGUUCCAGAGACUGGAAUGUAAAGCUGUGGGAUCUCCAGGCAGGCACUGGUGGCACCCUGCUGCACACACUGGGAGGUCAGGGUGACUUCAGCACCCACCGGGGCUGGGUCUGGUGCCUGGCAUCUCAGGGACCUCUGCUGGCCUCAGGGGGCUUCGACAGCACAGUGAGGUUGUGGGACCUACAGGCAGGUGGUGCAGAGAGGGGCCUGAUACGGGCCGGGGCUGCCGUCCUCUGCCUCUCCUGUCAGACAGAUGUAUUGCUGGCUGGUACAUUUGACAAGAGGAUCAGCAUGUAUGACACCAGAGCUGCUGAACCCCUGGUGAAAAGCCUCCGUCUUCAUGGUAACGCUGUAAUGUGCCUCGCUGCCGAUGACAAGUACAUCAUCUCUGGGAGUAAAGACUGCACUGUGGCCGUCUAUGACCGCAGGGCAGGCAAGGGCUUAAAGAGACUCCGGCUGAGCUCUUACCUGCUGUCCAUGAGCUACAGUGGCUGUGAGGUAUGGGCAGGAGACAACAGUGGCAUGCUUCACUCCUUUUCCAUGCAGGCUGGGACCUUAAAACCCCUGUCCCAGUUUGAUGUGGGACACACAGCUCUAGUCACUGGCAUCCACAGGUCCCCCGGAAGCCUCUACACCUGCUCAUCUGAUCGUACUGUCAAGGUACAUAUCCCCUGUUCACCUCCAAGGACAUUAUGCACACUGCAUCACCAAGCUGGAGUCAAUGGGCUGAGUGUGGAGGCGGGAGUCCUUGCUGUCGCCUCAGGGGAUGUCUGCAUGGAAGUCUGGAGGCCCAGAAAAUGAAAGAGCAAGGCCUGCAAACUAUGUGGUAAAACUUGAAAGCAGAUGGGGACAAAUCCCCUGAGGACUAUCAACGCUAUACUGAUCUUUCAGUAUACACACAACAUUAAAACAUUUGAUUUUCUGGUUUGAUCCUGUUAAGAGAUUUUUUUUUUUUACAAACAAAAACAUAUAUAUGAACACAUGAAAUGUGUUUAUUGCUAAAUGUUUGUUCCAUACACUUAAUUGCCAUUUUGUGCCAGUACUCAAAGCUUUCAAAGACACUGCGUUGGAAAAAGUGAAUCUCGCUUUCAGUUGUUUAUUCAACAGUGUGAAACAAGCUGAUGGUAUUUACAUGCUUAAAAAUAGACUGAAUCCACUACAGUAACUGACAUUGUACCAAAAGCUUUAGUUACUUCUCAUGUACAGUGAAAUAUUUGAAUUAUUCAAGCCCUCUGUGACACACUGAUUGUAUUUGUAAAUCUAUUUAUUUGAACACAUUCAACAGUGCUAAACAAUAUGAUCCUUUUUGUCAAUAUGUCUGUAUAUCCAUUCUGUGUGUGUAUGUGUGUGUGCUAGUUUUAACAAUGUGUAACCAUUUAAUUGUUCGGAUAAAUCUAACUAUAAAUCAUUUGCACAAUACUUGACAGAUGCAUCCAUUUAAACGCUUUGAAAGACUAUUUAAGCACUUGAAAAUCUAAUGUCUGAAGUAUUGGCUGGAGUUGUUCAAUCGUAAUGAAAUGUUAACAAGAAUGAAACAUCGAUUGCCAUACAGUAAAGAAUCAGUCGUCGACAGAAGUUGUCCAUGUGGCAGCCUGUCGUGUGUCGGUCAUCUCGACUCAGGACUGUCAAAGCAGCACACAGGUCUUCUUAUCUUUGAAAGGAUUGGACGAGGCAGCGAUGCCGGUGAGCAGAGGGUCACUGCGCCUGUGGUCCUGGCAGUACCGGACCAAGUCUGCGGCUGUCAGUGAGAUCUGCUGGGAUGAAGGUGGAUAGGAUGGCAUGUCACAGGAAUUAAGACAUUGUAAUACUGAAAUAAAAAGUAAACACUGGACAUUAGAUGUUAAUAAUAGAGACAUGAAGCAUGUGAGUACAUAUGAAAAAUAAAACAAUGCUGUUCUUAAAAUGAAUAAACCAAAACUACCUGA